AUGCCUGAAACUGGAUAUCAAGUUCUUAAUUCUGAAAGAGAAGAAGAAGUUCAUUUCCAGUUCACUCCCAAUAUAGCUAGAAACCGAUGGAAUCACAUAGAGGACUUGGAUACAUUUUUUACAAGAAUCUAUCUUUACCAUCAAAGACAUGGUUUUAUUUGCCUCAUUCUUCAAUCAACACUAGAUCUCUUGCAAGUGAUAUUCUUAUUGGUGUUUUCUCUAUUUCUGUUUUACUGCAUUGACUACCCAGUACUUUUCAGAGACAAACCAGCAGAUUCAAGCAGAGUAAUGAAUGGUACUGAUAAAGUACGCCUAUCUGAUGUUUUUCUCCCUGCUUCAAAAUGUACUAGCAAAUUUACAUUUUUCACAUAUCUAUACAUGAUACCACUAUUAAUGUUUGCUUUCUUCCGGCUUAUGAAAGUGUUUAAUGUUGCUUAUCAUUUUGCUGACAUCAAAGCAUUUUAUAACGUUGCUCUACUCAUACCUGAUAAAGAGUUACAAAACUAUACUUGGCGAGAAAUUAUACACAAAGUAAUAGAAGCACAAAAAGAACAAAAUAUGUGUAUACAUAAACUGGAUCUUACAGAACUUGACAUUUAUCAACGUAUUUUAAGAACAAAAAACUACUUAAUAGCUCUUGUGAAUAAAUCUGUGCUUCCUACACAUUUCAAUAUACCAUUUCUUGGUGAUGUAAUCUAUUUUUCUCACGGAAUGAAGUACAAUUUAAAUUUGUUGCUUUUCUGGGGUCCGUGGUCACCAUUUGAAAAUAAUUGGCAUCUUAAACCAGAAUAUAAACAACCUGGAAAGCGUUUGGAGUUGGCACGGUCAAUGCGUAAAACUAUUAGUUGGGUUGCUUUAAUUAAUAUAUUGCUAUCUCCAGUAAUUUUUACUUGGCAAUUAAUUUACAAGUUGUGUGACAAUGCUCAAAUGGUAAGAAAUGAACCGAGUGUACUAAGUAUACGCAUGUGGUCCUUAUAUUCAAAAAUAUAUUUGCGUCACUUCAAUGAACUGGACCAUGAGCUCAGUGCUCGACUUAGUCGUGCGUAUGUGCCUGCAGCUAAAUAUUUACAAAGUUUUGCAGCACCUGUUUGCGUUAUAAUUGCAAAGAAUACAAUGUUUUUCACUAGUGCUAUUAUGGUACCAAUAAUUGCAAUGACUGUUUAUGACGACAGCAUUUUAUCAAUUGAACACAUGAUAACUAUAUUAAGUGGAUUAUCACUAUUAUUUUUGAUUUGUCGAAGUCUUGUUGAUGAUGAUAAGGAAAUUGUUUGCCAAGAAUCAUUAAUGAACGCUAUAUUGACUGAAGUUCAUUACCUACCAGAUUCAUGGGUUGGAAAAGCUCAUACACAACAAGUCAGCAAUCAGUUUUCCCAAAUUUUCCCAUUCAAAGCUAAUUAUUUGUUCAACGAAUUAAUAUCACCAAUAGUCACACCAUUCAUACUGUUUUUCUGGCUUCGUCCCAGAUCCUUGGAAAUCAUAGAUUUUUACCGUAAUUAUACUGCAGAAGUAGCAGGAGUUGGUGAUGUAUGUGCUUUUUCAAUGAUGAAUUUACGCAAAAAUGGUAAUCCAGCUUGGCGUUCCCCUGGCCCUUCAUCGCCUGGAACCCCCACAGCAAAAUUACCUCAAGUAGAUCAGGCUGAAGAUGGAAAAGUAGAAAUGUCUCUUCUCAGUUUUUCUGUACGCAAUCCUACUUGGGAUCCAGUUGAUAUUGAAGCUAAAGAGUUUGUAGAUGAAAUAAUUGCAAAGACUCGUCAAAAAUAUUCAUCCACCAGCAAUUCUAUAAUAAACCCAUUUCAACAUCAUGAUAUGAUUGGUAGUACAUUAAACAUUGCAGAAAUACCUUCCUGUUUAAUUGGGCUUGAUCAGAGCACAAGGUUACUGCAUAAAGAAGGGUUGACUGGUCGUCCAAACCGAAUCAAUUGUAGUUCUAUUAUGCGCUCAUCAGUAUUUUCUACAAAUGACUAUUUAACUUCAAUAGAAGUAAAUCAAAGCGCGUUGCUUUUGCAUAGCAUUCAUAGAAAACAACUUGAUGAACGAGGCAAUAAUACUAGUUCUUCAAUUUCUCAAUCUGCUCUUAAAACCAACACCAAUUUACAAGAACGAACUCCAUUGCUGAAACCAGGUGCAAGGAUUAUCUGA